UGCCACUGCCGCCGCGUGGUGACUCGCUGGUGACAAUGAAUAUGGUGAUGUCGACGCCAGUUAUGGGCACGACCGACAGUGCGCGGACAUCGCAGGUGCGGUCGCUGGGCUCAGUCACAGCGCGGCUGUACGACCCGACGCCUCCGCUGCACGAUCCGGCACCGACACCGCCACUGAUGCCGCCUGGAGCCAACGACAUGCCCAUGUCGCCGUCCAGCCAAUCGAGCGCCAGGUGGCAGUUCAACCGGUCGAGCGCUGCCAUUUUGCCGGCGUCCCCGGCGCACGCGGCAACCGUGAUGUUGCCGAGGGCGGAUCGGCAGGUACGCCGGUCGAUGUCGUUUGCUGUGCCGCCGCCGAUCCACCAAACGGUGUCCGGCGACCAUGCGGACGUUGGCCGCUUGUCCAAGGACCUAAUGGACCGGUCGACCAGCGCUGUGCUUGCAGCCAGGCGAGUCGGUGGCGCGGGCGCUGGUGGUGGCCUGGGAAGACGUGUUGUACCGUUGGUCCCUGUGCAGACGGCGUCCACGGACUGUGAGGAGUUGGCCCCGGGCGGCAUGGGGGCGUAUGUGCAGUCGCCGACAAUGUCCUCGCAGAGGGCGCAUCAUGCGGUGAUCCACAGUCCGCUGUUGCCGUCGAUGGCCAAAUACAGCAGCAAUGCUAGCCAGCAGGUGCACACCGGAAGACCGAUUCCCAUGCAAGUGUUUUCCCCAAAGAUCGGCGGUGGUGCUUCGGUGAUUUCGUCGGUGACACAUGGGAAUAUAGCCCGCACGACGCGGCUUUCUGAGAGCAGUAGUGGCAGCCGGUCUGCUGCUGCUGGUGAUUACCACCAGCAACAUAGCCAUCAUGGCCAGCAUAGUCAGAAUAGUCAGAAGCCGGGAUUAGCUGCGAAUUUCUCCGAGGCGCAGCAGCAGAAGCUCCAUCCUAUUGGGAGAGCCGAUCCCAUGUUCAUGCGGCAGCAGAUGCAGCAGAUGCAAAUCCAGUAUCCGGCAACCGUGUCGUCUCCUGGCGGCAACAACUACAUCCAGCAAUAUGAAGCGGAUGCUAAGGUAUUUCAGAUGCAGAGACACAAUUUUGCAUCACCACAGCAGCACAGCAGCAGCAGCAAGGAAUUACUGGCAGCGGACGUGCUGUCUUACCAGCAGCCGCAGCAGCAGCCUAACCACCAGCAGCAUCAGUACAACUUUCAACAAAUCCAGCCGCGCUCCCUAGACACCGUUGUUAUACCCCGGAAGCCGCGGCAACCACAGGGUGCAGUGAUAUACGAGAAUGGUAGCAACAGCAACAGCAGUAUGGCCAAUCAUAUCCAGGUGAUGGUCCCCGCCGGACACCUCUCCAUUGUGUACCCGGACUCGCCCAUGUCUAAGGCUGACACGCUGCGGCGCAGCAGCAUAGACUCUCUGACGAUGCGCUUAGCCCAGAGCAAUCUUAACCUCACAUCGGCAGGACCACCAGCGUCCACUGCUGCUAAUGUGCACGCAUAUUUGGUUGAUCCUGACCGCCCCAACAGCGUGAACCUCCAUGCAACACCUUCAAACUCUACGACGCUGCAUUCCAUCAGCCAUCUUCAGCAGCAGCAGCACCAGCAGACGUAUACGCGUCGGGCAGGGAAUAUUGUUUUGGGCACUGGGAGCAGCAACCAAAUGUACUCCAUGCAGAGGAUGGCCGAUAGCGACAGCAGGAUCGCCGAGCGGGGUCGCGACGACUACGGCUUGCCAGAUAUUUCGUCUACCGGAUCACCGCUGAUGCCCGCCGGGUACGAGCUCGGUGCUGCUAGCCGAGACUCUAUCUAUAUGCAGUUGCAGCAUCCACAAAACACCAGUGGUGGUGGUGGUGAUGGUUGGCCUAGAGGGAUGAGUCGCAAGGAAUUGACAGAUGAUGAGUUAUACGUUGAGGGAAAUGGUGGUAGUCCGAGAAGAUCCAGAUCUCUGCGUAACACCAUUACUUCGCUGAGACGCAGGCUGUCAAAGUCCAGCAGAAAUGGAUCCGGUGCUGGCGCUGGCGCUGGGGGGAAUCCCGAGAGCUCACUGGAUGCGCUUGUGCCGCAGGGAGCCGGCGCCCAGUAAUUCUCUGCAGUUUUUUUUACAUCGACGCGACCCGAUCAUUUUGAGGAACGAAUUGCUUUUCCUUUUUUUGUGUUUUUUAUUUAAUGUUUAAUUUUUUGGGCACAUAUUUAUACUAUGUUGUUGGUGGGGAACACGUG